AUGCUCUCCAAAGUACUGAUACUUGCUCUAGCUAUAGCGGCAGUCUUCGCUCAGGAAAGCUCUCACGACCAUGGCCAUGCUUACUCCUCUCAGUCCAUAGUACUCCACAAUACACACCACGAUAAUGACCACAAGGUUCAAAAGGAAACCAUCGCUUACUUCCAACCAGCUGUCCAUCACGUCGAUCCUGUAGUAAGCCAUAUCGCCUCAGUUCACCACGUUGCUCCCGUUGUUCACCAUGUCGCCCCCGUCAUUCAUCAAGCUCCUAUCGCCCAUCACGUAGCUCCAGUUGUUGAACAUGUUGCUCCUGUUGUACACCAUGUAGCUUCUUCCAUUCAAGCUGCCCCCUCUCAUGUUGAGCAAGAGCAUCACGACUAUUACGCUCACCCCAAAUACGAGUUCGCAUAUGAAGUGAAGGACACUCAUACCCAUGACAUCAAGUCCCAGCACGAGAUCCGUGAUGGAGAUGUCGUUAAGGGCGAAUACUCCCUGCAUCAGCCUGAUGGUGCCGUGCGCACUGUUAAGUACUACGGUGACCACAAGAGCGGUUUUAAUGCUGAAGUUCACUACGACGCUCCUUCUCAUCACGUCCAGCCCGCCCAUCAUGACAAUCACCAUUAAGCCAUUCUAAUCUAUGCUUGUGGCUCCAUUGUUAACUUGUAAA